AUGUAUCACGCACUAAAUUUACAACACAAGCUAAUGUUUACCUGGUUUCUAUGCUCCAGCCUAGCAGUGUCCAACCGCAAGUUGGAGUCUGUGCCCAGGCUCGCGUUUGGAAAUUCUGAACCGUAUUUCAAUCACGCUUUUUCCUGCGCCCAAUUCCAAGGCUCGUACACAACAUUCAUGCCCGACGUGCGAGCCCACGCCGACUGUCGCCGACACACGCAUUAUCUUCCUCAACAUAUCCAAACUCGCAUGUUCUAUCUGACAUGCUCGUCUCAAGUGAUCGAAGAAGUAGGCAAGGGUAUGGGCGAGGUUUUCCUAGAGAUGGUACUGCUCCUCGCGCCCCCAUACAUGACCUACAUCACUGUGCACCCUUGGGCGCUCGCGCACCUUGACGUUCUCAGCUCGCCGUCCCAGCUCACGCCCCAAUUCUCACGUAUGAGAGGAACUUUGAAGGAGUUGAUUUUCGGUGGGAUCCUGGCAGUUAAUCGCGUUACAUCAAUUCAAAAUGAAAGUCUGGUUUUUGAUACCGUUAGACUUGAGACCGUUUGCGGGUCAUUGAGGAGCAAGUGUACCGGACCUAAGGUUACUCGUAAGGAAACAUAUAAGCUCAGGCUGAAAUAUAAGGACUAG